GCGGCAACUUCAAUCGAGCUGAUGUUUAGUAGCAAGUUAAGACAAAGCUUUCCGCCCUUUCAACCUACUCCUCGGCUCCUGCAGCCCCUGACUGAUGCCUACUCUCUCCCACUUCUACAUUAUACGGCUCCGUGUAUAAUUCUGCUUCAACCAUGAACACCGAAAGCCUUGCAGACUACCAGACUAUCCCAGGGAAAACGAUCCCCAGCUUCCACUGCCGCGUUGGUAGAGACUACAAUGAUCGUCAGCCUUUGCCGGCAAACACGUACGGGUACCCUGUGCCUGGCGUACAGGGACCUACCUCUACCUCGGUCAUGGCCCUUGACUACUUUGUGAGUGACGAGACAUGGGCAAACAUACUGGCCCAUGGAGACUUUGAUUACAUUGUUGUCGGCUCCGGCUUUACAGCUCUAGCAUUCAUUCAAAAGGCCCUUGAACUCGAUCCAUACGCGAAGAUUCUUUGCUUGGAACGUGGAGGUUUCUGGCUUCCUUCGCACUUCCAGAACCUACCAAUUCCGUUCAAAAUGGUGCUAGGAGGGCCGUCUGAGACAUUCCCCUGGACACUCUCACGCAAAACCUUCGAAACAAAGGAGCUUGGGUACUGCCACGGCUCUUGCCCCUUUUUCGGUGGCCGAUCCACAUUUUGGUCCGCCUGGAGCCCACGGCCAAGUCUAGACCUUUUACGUGACUUUCCCGAGGCUAUGAAAAAGACUGCUGCACAAGAAGAUUUUUGGAAGCAGGCCAAGGAGCUGUUGAAUGUCACAUCCGCAGACAAAAUCGAUGACGGCAUCUUCGGAAGCCUACAGACUGCCAUUGAUACCAUUCUCAAGGACUCGCUCGGCAAAAUUCCCACUGCAGACUACGUUGAGUCAGCUCCACUCGCUGUCGGACGACGUAAUCCAACCUCCAGUUUGCGAUUCAGCAAGUUCUCCACCCCUGGGCCUCUUCUUAGCAUCUUGGAACAACAGAGGCAACUGGCAAAGGCCGACAAUGGAGCGCCCUUAGAGAUUAUGACUGACUGCGCCGUGAAAAACAUGAUCAAAGGUGACGACGAUGAUUUUGUCCGCGUUAUUGAAACCAGCAAGGGUACUUUGUCAUGGACUGGCAACAAGACUAAGAUCAUCCUCUGCGCAGGAGCCAUUCCUAACGCCACAAUGUUGUUGAACUCUUUCGAGAGCUGCCGUGACACUGUCGGCAAGAGACUGACUGGUCACUACGACACACACAUCUCAGCGAGAUGCCCGGUCAAGAACAUCAAGGGCUGGAAGAAAGAGACCACGCUCAAGAUCGCUGCCGCAUACCUGGCCGGCAAGGAUCCCAAAACUGGCCUCCAGUACCACGUCUCGGUCACGGCGCUGAACAGCCCCAACCCGAUAGAUGACGCUGAGGACGCGGCUCGCGAAUGUCCAGAUUAUGCUGCUGCUGCGACCUUAGAUCAACUCACGGGCUCAGAGGACUACGUUGUGUUUGUCUGCUCGGCUCUUGGGGAGUUCAACGAGAAGAACACCAAGAACCAUGUCACUCUAAACAAAGGUAAUGAUCCAACUUGCAACGUCACCCUGCAAUACACCUUGAGCGACGAAGAUGAUACCGCUUGGGACGUCAUGGAUCAGGCAACUUACGACACGAUCAAAGAAAUGGCAGGCGGCGAUGAACACGCGUUGGACAUCGACUGGUGGGACGAGAAGAAACAUGGCUGGACAAAGACAAAACCAGCAGUCGAUACCAUUCGGAUCCCUGGUGUUGUCCACGAGUCAAGCACUUGUUUCAUGGGCCCCAAGGAGAUUGGUGGUUCAGUGGAUGAGCUGUAUCGUCCCCACGGCAUCGAAAAUGUUUAUGUUACUGGAGCUGCCCUUUUCCCUACUGCGGGUAGUUGGAAUCCCACGAUGACUAUGUGUGGAUAUGCUCAGGACUUGGCUAGGAAGCUGCAUGGUAUGGAUCCUCAAGAGAAUGAGCCAUAAGAAUAACUAUGUUCUUGGUGAUAUGAUGUAAGUUGCCCUUGGGGGAAGCUUUUCUCUACCCCCUGUUAGAAUAGGUACAAGUAAACGUAUAGCUUUGCUCAAUUUAGUCAUAGGCAUGCACAUAUACAUUUGUAUAUAGCGUGAAUAGAAAAUAGCUAAAGCUACCUA